AUGUCGAACACGAAAAGUAAAAGCAUAUCAUCGCCCGGAAAACAUUCUCAUUCAUCAUCUUCAGUAGCACUAACAACAAAUCAAACUGAACAACAUAAUCAAUCGCGUCAUUCAAUAAAUUGUUUAGAGUAUCCGUCGUCAUUAUUCUCAACAAUAAAUCAAUUUCGAUUAUCUGAUUUAUUUACUGAUGUAACAAUUUAUGUUGACGGCGUGCCGUUUGCUUGUCAUCGUUUAAUAUUAGCAGCAGCAUCACCAUAUUUUCGUGCGAUGUUUUCAUAUAAUUUUCGCGAAUCAACAGAAGGCAACGUUCGUAUACAAGAUAUAACUCCAUGGACAAUGAAACGAAUACUUGAAUUUAUUUAUACGGGCCACACAGAUAUAACAUAUGAUAAUCUAUUUGAAAUGUUUAAUGCAAGUGUUAUGCUAUCAAUAAAAGAACUAACUGAUCUACUGAUUAAAUUUCUUUAUUUACAAAUGAAUAUAUAUAAUUGUAUUCAAAUAGAACAAUUAGCAACAUUAUAUUCAUUAGAAAAUUUACGUCGUACAACACUACAGUUUAUUGUUGAUCAUUUUAUGUGUUUAUAUGAAAAACAUCUAUUUGUUCAUUUAAAUGAGCAUACAUUAAUGGAAGUAUUAUCUGAUGAUAAUUUGGACAUACCAAAAGAAGAAUAUGUAUUUUUAACUAUUGUACAAUGGGUUAAUUAUCGUCCAGUUGAACGUGAACAAUAUUUUCAAAGUUUAUUUAAAUUUAUACGUUUAAAUUCGAUAAGUGAUAGUGAUUUUGUUACGAAUUCAAUGCGUAAUGAAAAAUUAGUACAGAAAUACACAGCUUGUUUACGUACACUUAAAGAUUUCUAUUCAAAUAAUUUUAUUCCAGAUUUACUUGGUCCUAUUAGACCAAGCACUCAGAUCAGAUAUCAUUUAAUUGUGAUUGAGUUACCUUCGAGUGAUGAUGAAAAUGAUGAUGAAGAACAGGAUCAGAAUGAACAAGUGACAAAUACUAACGAAACCGAUGAUUCAAUCGUAGCAUUUUAUCAAAAAUUUUCUUCUCAAUUACAAAUUGAUGAUGCAACAGCAACAAUAAAUGUUAUAAAUCAAAAUCAUGUUGAGUCAAAUAAUUUUGAUUAUUCUUUAAAUUUUAAUCAUCAUCCUACUCGUUCUCCAUCACCCGACUCUCGUUUAUCCUCUUCGUAUUGCCUUCUACACGCUUAUGACUUUUUCCGACAACGUUGGCGAUUUCUUGGGCGUCUACCUGAACUAUUUUCUCACGUAUCAUGUGUAUCAACAAAUACAACAUUAUAUAUAUUCGGUGGACAAUUACGAUCUGGUGAAUUAAGUGAUCGUAUAUGGUUAUUUUCAUUAUCAACACUUAAAUGGCAAAUGUCUUCUGUACGUCUACCAUGUUCACGCGGUCAACAUAUAUGUGUUCUUUUUCAUAAUGUUGUUCUAUUGUUUUUUGGUAUUACAAAUACAUCAUCAUCAUCAUCAUCAUCAUCAUCAUCUCCGUCACCUUCACCUUCAUCCUCAUCAAAUCCAUGUCCUUCAGUAGAUAUGUUUGAUCUAGCGAGUGAAACAUGGACAUGUCUUGGUGAAAGUGUACCGUUGUAUCAAUGUGAACCGAUUGUUGCGACUGGUCAAUGGUUAUUGUUAUCAAAUAAAAAUGAUACACAAAUGUUACAUACAUAUAAAUUGAGAAUGCAACAGCAUGAUGGAUUAACGAAUGGACAAAUAGUUAAAAUGAAUGCGUCUAGUGAUGAACUAGCUUCAUUCGGUUCAACAACAACGAAAGAUAAAGCACAACUUUCCAGAAGUUCAUCAAUAGAUAACACUGUUGUAAACGAUGCACUCUUAACAUCAGCUGGCUAUUAUAUGCUACCACGUAAUAAUACUAUUGGUAGAUUUUCCCCUGUAACACACGAUGAUGAUCUUUAUCUUGUCUAUUGGCAAUCGAAACAAAUCUAUCGGUUUAAUUUAGUACGCAAUGAAAUACUAUUAAAACAAUCAAUGCCAUAUUCCUACAUGAGCCAUUGUCAAUGUGUACUGGUAGACCGACGUCUGAUUGUAAGUGGUGUAGUAAGUUUAUCAAAUUUGACUGAUAUAGAAAAAGAAUCUUUAUCAAUAUCCAAAGAAAAAAAGUCUUCAAAAAAAGAUUUUCAUUGGAUUAUACAAAUAUAUAAUAUUGAUAAUGACCAAUGGUCUAUAUUACAAGAUCAACAAAUUCAACGAAAACAUUUGUUGUUUGUCGCAAAAACUAUCUUGUCUAAUCAAUUUAUAUCUGUAAAUGAAUUAAAUAUUAAGCAAUUACAGCAUAUUGUGAAUCUGCGAGGUAUUUCAUAUGCAAAUAUUAAUGACAAAUAUGAUUUAAUUAAAUCCGUUGAACAGACAGGGCCGAUUCGAAAAAGUGAACUGUCUGAACCUAUUGAAGAUCCUACAAAACAUGAAACAAUAAUUUUUUCAUCAUAUAAACAAGUAAUUAAUUUAGUAGAUGACUGUAAAGAUACUAUUUGGUUUGUUCAUAUUCGACCUAAUGAACAACUCCGUCAAUCAUUAAUUUAUCUUUCUUCUGAUAAAUGGAGAACAAUUGAGCGUCGUCUAUCAUUAUUUAAUAUUCAAACAGGAGUAUUAAAUUGUACAAAUAAUGAAUAUUCUAAUUUUUGUCGUGCAGUAAACAUUGAACAAUUUGUUUUACUCGUUCCAUCAAUAAAUCGACGUUCAAUUAAAAUUUAUUCUCGUAGUAUUUCUUCAAUAAAAGAUUAUAAUUAUCAAUAUAUAUUAAAAUGGUUAAGUAAAACAUUAGAAAAUCAUAUGAACAAAGAUUUCGAUUGGUAUGAAUUACCACAAGAGAAACGAUCGACUUUAGAGUUUCAAAUAAAUUCAAAUUUAUUUUUAACAAAUACACCAAUAUAUUAUUUUACUUUAUUAUAUCGUUAUGGUUCUAUAGUUAACUUUCGUUUAACUAAGGAAGAAAAUACAAUUUUUCAAAUAAAGUAUUCUUUUCAAAAUUCAACAACAAAUACAUAUAUUUAUAGUAAUGCAAAUAACUCAUACCAUUAUCAUGAAUUAUAUACAUAUCGUGCAUUAAAUAUAUUUCUAUCAUGUCUAACAAUUAGUAUUCAAACGCUAAUAUAUUUUUAUUUUAUUACAUUAAAUAUCUAUUUUUUUUAUGAUAUUUAUUUAGUAGAAUCAUUGUUAUUAGUGUUAAAAAAAAUUUUAAUGAUUAAUCUUUUAUCUAUUUUUUUAUGGUUACUUUGUUUAACUUGUUUAUCAACAGAAAUUAUCGAUUAUAUUUUACAAAUGAUAUCGUUUUAUGUGAUAAAAUCUUCUCAAUAUUCAACAAUCUUAAUGUUUAUAAGAAACGAUUUAUUUUUUUAUUCUAUUAUAUCCAAAUGGAUUUUAUAUGCAACUAUGAUUAUAUUACAUAUCGCAAUGGGGUUAUGUUUUCGAUGGUAUUUAAAAGAAAGACUCGGACGAACAACAUAUGAUAUAUCAAACGAUGUUAUGAUGAUUGAUCAAAUGCAAGCAUUAUGCUCAAAACUUUGGCAAUUAGUUUUAUGUUUACUAUUCUCACAACAAAGACGAAACGAACAUAUCGAUAAUAGUUUAUUGCAAUAUUUUUCACAAGAUAGUCUUUUUCUGAAUCAAUAUGUAUCAUUAACAAUAAAUUCAAAUGUAAAUAUGUCAAAUCAUCGAAUAAUUGAUUUAAGACAACUGUCAGUUUGGCGCUUUUCAAUUCGGCGACGCAAAUCAAUACAUGGUGCUAAUGAGUAUUAUUCUGAUAUUGAGUUAGAACCAUCGAGUAGAUUAAAUGAACAAGAUUAUCCAUUAAAAAAAUCAUCUAUACAUCGACGUAGAACAAAUAUUGUUUCGACAUCUCAACAAGACCAUUUUUAUGCAAGUGACACUGAUGAAAAUAAUAAUUCGUUGAACUCAAACCGAAAUGAAAUGAACAUUAGUAAAAUCUAUCAAUGUUCAAUAUGCCUUGAAAAAUAUUUUAAUUCUGCAUAUAUAUGUACAUUACCAUGUUUUCAUCAUUUUCAUCGAAAAUGUUUAUCCGAUUGGUUUUCUAAUAGUGAACACAAUACGUGUCCUCUUUGUCGUUCAUCGGUGCUCUUUUAA